GAAUUAAAUAAAAAAAAUGGAAGAAGAAGAUGAUGAGCGAAAGAGCCGACGACCGAAUCUGGCGACCUUUAGCUCUAUAAAUGCUCGUGUCGUACACUCUUCACUAGAAGAGGGUUACGUUCGUCAACAAGCUUCUUCAGAGUCUGCCGAUGCCAAUACUUGUUCCAGUAUAUCAACAGCUCAGUAUAGUGAUAGAAGCUUUGUUUCCAAAGCGAGUACAUUUUCACGCAGCGGUACUUCGAGUUCAAGUCAAGAGGAAUGCGAAGUUGCUCAUACGACCGUCACGAGCGGUCAAUAUUUAGCAGCAGCACGGGUCGAAACAGCCCGUUCUAUGGAAAGUCUCCGUCCAAGUAAAGACACAUCUCCAGCUAGGCCUGCAAGUUCAUGUACGUCGGUACGUACUCAUAGGAGUUCCUUUUUGACAGCAAGUGAGAGAGAUGUACGAGAAACGCGAGGUGCACCUGCUAGACGGGCAUUAUCUGGGGAAGAUAUGGGAAAUUCAGCGGAAAAAAGACGUGGUUUAUUUGCUAGCACAGAAAGACGAGCUUUACAGCAACUUAGCUUACCACCUCCGGAACGACGUUUAACAAUUCUUAGCCCACACAGUCCAAUGGCAAUAACGGAGUUACAGUGGCCUGCACCGUCAGGCAUUCGAGGUCGUCGAAAGAAAGGAAUGGUGCUACCCAAACUUAUCCUGCCACGCAGUGACUCCGAUGGCUCGGACGUAUUUUUCGAAAGGUGCCAAUUUCAUUUUAUAUUUCCUAAAUUGAUUAUUAGUCUGCAUAGUUUCUUAAAUUUACGUUUCAUGUCGUAUGCGUAUUUUAUUUGAUAAAUGGUUGAUGAAUUUAACGAUGUCUGUAACUAUUUUUGUUAUAUUUUAUUGGACUUUAUUCUAGAAAAAAUUUUUAGGUUAAAGAUAAUAAUAUGAAAAUGCAACAGCAAACUUAUCGCAUAAAGAAAUUUCUUACAGUCAAUGUUUAAGAUAUUUCUAUGCGCUCAUUAUAAAAGUGUACUUAAACAUUUUUAAGAAUAUAAAAAUAAGUUAUAAAUUGU